AUGAACAGGAUUACUGGCAUGAGUUUGUCACCUGAGAUCACCUUCUACGAGGAGAGGAACUUCCAGGGUCGUUCCUAUGAGUGCAUGAACGACUGCAAUGACAUGUCCUCCUACCUCGCCCACUGCCGCUCCUGCAGGGUGGAGAGUGGCUGCUGGAUGAUCUAUGAGACCUCCAGCUUCAUGGGCACCCAGUACUUCCUCAGGAGGGGCGAGUACCCCGAGUUUAUGAGAAUGGGAAUGAGCGACAUCCGCUCCUGCCGCCUGAUCCCCAUGUAUAGAGGAAAUUACAGAGUGAGGAUCUACGAGAGGGACAACUUUGGUGGUCAGAUGCACGAGAUGAUGGAUGACUGCGACUCUAUCAUGGAUCGCUACCGUAUGUCCGAGUGUAAUUCCUGCCACGUGAUGGAUGGUCACUGGCUCAUGUAUGAGCAGCCCCACUACAGAGGAAGGAUGUCGUACUUCUCUCCUGGAGAGUACAGAAGCUUCAGCAACAUGGGCUACAGAUUCAUGAGCAUUAGGCGCAUCACUGACGUGUGUUAA